AUGAUCACUGUGCCUUAUCGGCCUGUCAACACGAUGGAUCCUCUCCACGAUCCUGAAGGUUAUUGGCGCCGAUCGAGCGGUACUGUUACUCGUCAGUAUGCCAUUCCCGCUGCGUCUGGUGUGCCUGGCCAUCAGCGAGAGCGUUCUGGAGGCCUCAGCUACGCCGAACACGAGAUGAUGAGACAGAGGAAAACGCCGUAUGGUCGGCUGUUUGAACAAGACACGGCUGUGCUGGACAAGAAUGUCCAAUUGCCGGCCUCCAAACAUCUCCUUCUUUCUUCCUCUCCCGAAUUCGAGCGAAAGCCGCCGUCUUCUCUGACUCCUCAGUGGGCCGGCACUCAACAAUCGCAUCAGCGCGGCGUUAUGUCAGGAUCAGACUUUGGAAGAGACGGAAGAUACGACCGAGAACCACAGCCAUACGGGACAUCCAAGGCCAUCUCCUACAGACCAGCAUGGGACUUUCCUGGCGGUCUGGACUCGAUGCUCAACCAGACUCUCCCACUCCAACCUACACAGAGGUAUUAUUUCCAGCAUGGAUCAAACAUACCGACCGUUCUGCCUGCCACACUGCAUUCACAGUUUGGACCUACGGCGUCGGCAGGUCAAGAAUUAUAUGGACCAUAUUGGCCAGACGGCACCUACAACCCCUACCGUCCAGCAUCCAUUCGUGACAGUCGAGUCUUCCCACGGGCACCUGCUGAACGGUUUCCUCUCGACCAUCAUGUCUUACAUCAAGAAACAUGGAGCAAACCUGCGCGACUCCCUACCGUGGAAGACAACGCUUAUCAUCACACUGCUCCGCAGCAUUUCUUGAGUACUCCCGUGGACUUUGUUCAGUCGCCCUCGUCUAAAUGGAGCCAUUCUCACAAUACCUAUCACGGCUCGUUCAGCUACUCCCAACCCUAUUCGGGACCCAGCCAUGCCAUGCCCGGGCCCAUGACAGUGACGAGACCGGUGCUAGAUUCCCUCAUCCCUGGGCCCGGCUCCGAACGGAUCGCAUACAGGGAUCGGGCUUUCGCAUGGGCGAACGGGGUCUACGCAGAGCUCCUGCACACGAUCCGAAAUAGCAAGAAAGAGCAGCGGGCCAAUAUGCAGACCGGCUCCGAGCCAAGGACGACAGCCAAGCCCACGAUUUUUCCUCGGCCACCAAAGAGAUCUGGAUCACAUUUCCAAGAAGAUUCGGGAGUCAGGUUGAGCCGGACACAAGAAGCCUCCAACAAUCAAACCCUUGGUAUUGGUAGUCAGCAAUUCCUCUUCGACGCUCCCACCCGCCCUCACACCGCUAUCUUCAGGCCUCAGCAAACUCACAAUGAUCUUGAUACUAAAGCCUUCCAGAGCAAAUGUGAACCAAACAGUGUCUCCAGUCACCAAUAUCGGCUCCCGGACAGAAUUCCGGAAACACGACAGGCUCGCCAGGCAGCCCCAUUGGAGUUACCUCUACGGCCGCCUAUCAAUGACUCUGCGAAUGCGGCACUCCAGCAAAUGGAGCUUCUCUGUCACCAGGCUGAUACACCCUGGGUGGAUGGAAUGCUGUUAGCCGGUUGUCUAGCCUAUGGAUUGGGGAAUUACACCAAAGCCGAAGAAUGGUACCAGGCUGUUUUGAGACUGGAUCCUGGUCAUGUUGAAGCCAUGUCGAACCUUGCGGCCACAUGCCACGCUCUCCAUCGUCGUGAAGACGCGCUCAAAUAUUGGUCGGACGCCGUGAGCUUGAGACCGAGCUAUUUCGAAGCUGUUGAGCAUUUGAUUGGACUGUUGUGCACAAGUCAUCGAGCAAGAGAAGCAGUCAGCGUGAUCGAGUAUGUGGAAAAUACAUUGCGAAUCAGGAACGAAGAUCCUCAGGCGGCGUGGGGUGAGUUGAGUGAUGCCGAAAGUGAUACCAGGAGCCAUACGUCCAGUAUAGCCACGGUGGCUUCAUAUGACAACGGUAGAUAUGAUUUUGAAUUUGGCUUGCAGAACCAACCUUCGGCGCGGGGCACCGAGUCCCAGCCCCCUGGAUUUGGCUCAAGUGGGUAUGCGAUACCUGGCACAGACAAUGGUCGCAUGUUGGCCCUCGUCCACGCAAAGGGGAACAUGCUUUAUGCACUGGGAAACAACCAUGGAGCGGCAAUGGCCUUCGAAGACGCCAUCCUCAUCGCCACGGGCCAGAGGAAACAAGGCAUCAAGGGUCUGAUCAAGGUCAUUUUGGGUGCUUGCUUGAGCAACAUCAGAGAUCCGGAAUAUGUUCGCUCCAAACUUGACGGCAAGGAACCGAUACUGCUUGCACCAGAACAUGCCAAGGCCACCGCUAGACUCAUGUUUCCUCCUGAGGGCGACCUUCCCGGGUUGGAGCAUGUGUCUGUGCCCUUCGCCGUUUCGGCUGCCGUCUCUACCACCAGCAACUCUCUCCUUUCUCUCGCCAAAAUCUAUCAAGAUGGCAUGUCCAAUGCCACAGACAUUGGGAGUCUGAGGUCACCGUCGACACGCGAGAUCCUUGCGUUGUACUAUCUUUCGCUUUCACUCCAACCGAGCCCGUCGACAGCCAACAAUGUUGGAAUUUUGUUGGCAGGCGUCCAGCAGAGCGUGCACCCUGCACAUCUCGCGGAUCCGAGCUUUCCACAACUCUCAGCCAUUCCAGGCGUCGUUGCCGGAACUGGCAUCCAAUUGGCUCUUAUGUACUACAACUAUGGCCUCGUCAUUGAUUCAAAGCAUGCCCACUUGUACACGAACCUGGGCAGUCUUCUAAAGGACAUCGGCCAACUCGGAGCUGCGAUCAAGAUGUACGAGCGUGCUGUCAGUUGUGAUGGCCACUUCGACAUCGCUUUAGCGAACCUUGCGAACGCGGUUAAAGAUCAAGGCCGGGUGGCAGAGGCUAUCGUAUACUAUCGACGCGCUGUGGCCGCAAAUCCCGACUUUGCCGAGGCGGUUUGUGGUCUUGCCACUGCUUUGAACUCAGUGUGUGACUGGCGCGGGCGCGGUGGAAUCUGUGCAAGUGACAAACUCCGUGACCGACUCCAUGUAGACGACGCCGGUGCGAAGCAUGAGCCGUCUCGACCAUACGGCUGGAUCAACCGAGUAGUUGAAAUAGUCGACAAGCAGCUGAAGGAUGGAGAGAGCUGGGGUCGGGGGACUUUGACUCCCACCAUGAUUGAAUCUUUGACGGCCAAAUUGACUCUACACAGACAGUCCUCCACGGAUAACAGACGCACGCAGUUAAUGGAUGUUCUGCGGCAGUCUCUUCGAUUCUGGUCCGGUCAAAAGUGGGAAGGGUCCCGCAUUGUGCGACUGGUAGAGCGCGCCAUCCGCGAGAUCGGGUGGCAGUGGUACCAGGACCGUUACGUGCAUCGAAAAGAAUAUCCGGCGCGGAAGUACUCUCGUCCCUAUUUGCCCAAUUCCCUGUCCACUCCAUCAGCACCGACGGUGCUCCCCUUCCACACAUUCACCGCACCGUUGUCGGCGAAGCAAGUUCGACAGAUCUCGCAGCGUAAUGCGCUCCGAAUAUCUGUGUGCACGCUUCGAUCUGCCUGGCUGCCGUCUACUGUGUAUCCGCCACCUGCGCCACCCAGCCCUUGCUUGAAUGUUGGCUAUGUCAGCUCCGACUUCAACAAUCAUCCCUUGGCACAUCUGAUGCAAUCGGUCUUUGGCCUUCACGAUCCGACUAGGGUUCGAGCCAUCUGUUACGCCACAACUGCCUCGGACGGGUCCGUCCAUCGACAACAAAUCGAACGCGAAGCUCCAGUGUUUCAUGAUGCGUCCGCUUGGACCGUUGAACGAUUGGUGAAACAAGUUGUUCGCGACAACGUCCAUGUCCUUGUGAACCUCAACGGAUAUACUCGAGGAGCCCGGAAUGAAGUCUUUGCGGCCCGACCAGCACCCAUCCAUAUGUCAUUUAUGGGGUUUGCCGGUACGCUGGGAGCUGAGUGGUGUGAUUAUGUUUAUGCUGACAGAAUAUCUGUGCCGCCGGACACGUUGGCACCAUGGCGACGGAAUGUCGACAUCGAAGAUCGACUGAGACCUGACUCGCUCGUGGAAGACGAAGAGGAUUGGGUGUAUGCGGAGAACCUCAUCUUCGCCCGAGACACCUUCUUCUGCGUGGACCACAAGCAGAGUGCUCCAGAUUCCGAAAAGGUGGGUCUCACCCUUCGUGACCCUGUCAGCCGUGAAGCUGCCUGGGAAGAAGAGCAAGACAAGCGGUGGAAAAUGAGGAAGGAAUUGUUUCCGACUUUGUCGGACACAGCUGUGAUCCUUGGCAAUUUCAAUCAACUGUAUAAGAUCGAUCCCGCCACGUUCGACAUGUACCUGGAGAUUUUGAAGAUGGUGCCCAAUGCGAUUCUGUGGUUGUUACGGUUUCCGGAUCUCGGAGAGCGGAAUCUCCUCCAGUACGCGCGAGAUUGGGCCAGUCCGGAAGUUGCGUCAAGAAUCGUCUUCACCGACGUUGCGGCCAAAGGCACUCACAUCACGCGAGCUUCGGUGGUGGAUUUGUUUCUGGACACUCCGGAGUGUAAUGCUCACACCACGGCGGCCGACGUGGUUUGGUCCGGGACUCCCAUUGUGACCUGGGGCAAGUGGAAGUACAAGAUGUGCAGCCGCAUGGCCGGGAGCAUCGUGGCCAGUGCGCUUCCCCAAGGACGAGCCGGGGACGAGGCGCGUCGGGAUCUGCUUGUGCGAAGCGAGAAGGAGUAUAUCGACACGGCGAUCGAGCUUGCCCGUGGUCUUGAGUACCCGACCACAUCCAAUCCUGCGGGACAGGGACAGAAGCUGGGAAGGGGGAAGGGCCGGCUGGUGGAUCUUCGGCGACUGCUGUGGGAAGGACGGUGGACCAGUCGACUCUUUGACACCAAGCGCUGGGUCAGAGAUGUUGAAUCGGCGUACUGGGCUGCAUGGAAGAAAUGGGAAAAAGGCGAGGGAGGCGAUAUCUGGUUACAGGAUGGUCGCGUUUGA